AUGAAUCAACAGUAAGCAGAGCUAAGAAUUAUUAAGUUGAAGAUAGAAAAAGAGAUUGAACAAAUAGACCAAAGGUUUGCAAAUGUGAGCAGUUUUUUUAAAGAAAUCUUUGAGAAAGAAAAUGAUCCUGAUGAAAUCAUUGAAAUCCCAUAAAGUUGCGUAACAUAUAAAGCAUUUGUUUACAUAAAGAAAUAUUAUGAACAUAAUAAAUUUGAACCAUAAAAAAUAAUGGGAGGAGCUUUAAAUGCAGAUUAAUUAUUUUUAAAUUAGCACGAUAAAGAAUUGAUGCUCUCAGUGAAUCCAUUUAUUGGUGAACUACUCAAAUAACUGAUUCAAGCAGCUGUCUAUUUUUAAUUAGAAGCCUUUAAAAAAUUAUGUUUAGCAAGAAUAUAUUAUGAAUUCUUAAUAGAUCCAACAGAUCCUAAAUGGCUACAAAAAUUGGCCGCCAAGUAUCCUGAAGUUCCACCUCUUUCAAUAGCUCAUUUAGAAUAAUAUAAAACAUUGUAUCCAACUGUUUGUAAGGAGUUUUAGUGAUUAAUUUAAUAUACAUAGUUUUAUCUAUAAAAUAAAUUAAAUAAAUA